UCUUCUGCCACACUUGAAGAGAGAAUGAAGACAAACAUUUUAUUAACUUUAACUGUGGCAGCAUGUCUGCUUAUCAGUCAAGUGCAGGCCCAAGCUACUGUAGCUAUAAAUGUUGGUGGAGGUACUAUCACAGUCGCUUCGAGCGAUAUUAACACCAUUCUGGCAAUAGUAGCAGCUUUGCAGUCUACAACCACCACUGCAGCUGCGACAACGACUACAGCAGGGGCGGUGACUACAACGACUACGGCCGUUCCGACAACUACAACGACUACGGCCGCUCCGACAACUACAACGACUACAGCUGCCCCGACUACUACAACAACUACAGCUGCUCCGACUACUACUACAACUACAGCUGCUCCGACUACUACUACAACUACGGCCGCCCCAACGACUACUACUACAACGGCCGCACCGACAACUACAACUACUACUGCCGCACCGACAACAACAACUACUACUGCCGCCCCAACAACUACAACUACUACUGCCGCCCCAACAACUACAACUACUACUGCCGCACCAACAACGACUACUACAACUGCGGCUCCGACCACAACUACUACCACUGCGGCUCCGACGACGACUACUACCACUGCGGCUCCGACGACGACUACUACCACUGCGGCUCCGACGACGACUACUACCACUGCGGCUGCGACGACAACAACGGCUGCCACAACAACUACAACAGCUGCCACUAUUAGUGUAGUUGUUACUGUCAACGGAUCCAGCGUUACUGUGUCGUCCUCCAACAAUUCUUUGGUGAAUACUGUUCUUCAAAUUAUUGCUAGCCUUACGGCAACAACCACUACGGCAGCGGCUACAACCACUACUACAACGGCGGCGACCACAACAACUACGAGUGCUACAACUACAACAGCAGCGGCCACAACAACUACCACGACAGCUGCGGCCACGACGACCACUACCACUGCAGCUCCAACCACCACUACAACUACUACUGUUGCUCCAACAACCACUACAACUACCACCGCUGCCCCCACGACGACAACGACUACUACCGCUGCACCAACGACUACGACGACUACCACAGUUGCUCCAACCACUACCACCACAACUAUAGCUAGCACUACUACCACAACCAGAAGACCGUGCGGUACACGUAUCCCAAUCGGUUUGGGAGGUGGUUUUGGUAUCAUAGGAGGCCUGGGUCCGCUCGGCUUUGGAGUGGGUCUCCGAGGAGGAAUUGGAGGUAGCUUGGGAGCUCCACAAGUAGGAGGAUUCGGAAUUCUGCCAGCCGUAGGCCAAGUUGUGCGCACGGGACUUGGCGUGGUUGGCUCGGCCGCUAAUUUAGCUGGGAAUGUAGUUGGAGCCGUUGGUAAUGCAGCAGGUGGAUUGCUUGGAGGUUUAAGCAAUGCUGCCGCUGGAAUUGGAUCUGGUCUGAAUGCAGGCCUCAGCGGAGGUAUUGGAGCAAGAGUGGGAAGUGGAUUUGGUGGAAGUCUGCAGGCUGGCGGUGGCUUUGGAAGUAAUCUGCAGGCUGGCAGCGGUUUUGGAGGCAGUUUCCGUACUGGAUUCCGCGCCGGUCUAAUGGGCUGAUAGACGGUGCUGAUAAAAUGUGUACUGUUACUAUUAGCUAAUAUGUUAAGUUCAAAAAUAAAGAAUCCAUGCAACAAA